AUAAAUUAGGCCCCACCCCUGGCGCAAGUCCCGACCCUACAAAUUUCAUCCCUGCGCCUGCCCAACCCGCCGCAUCCUAAUUCCUAAACCCUAACACGGAAAGCCAGCUCUCAUCUCCAAACUAAUCAGGCCCAUGAGCCGAAGACCUCUAGUUGGCUUUAGCAAUGUCAUCAAAAAGCUCGCCAAGGGAACUGACUGGAAAGAAGAAACUGACUAAACAUGACGAUGAAGCAUUAAGGUUUAUUGAGCUGGCUGAGAAUGGUACCGACCCCGCAACUAUCGAUGCAUCCGAAGAAUUGGCAAAGAAGCCGUUAUGCACUUACACAUAUAGGACACUUUUUCGCACUUUUAACUACAAAGGGAUGCAUGUGCUGCAUCACUCUGCCAAGGGUGCACAUGUUACUCUUACUCAUCAUUUAGUGGAGUUUUUGGGCAUUGAUGUUGACAAAAAGGAUAGCACAGGUAGGACGAUUCUUCAUAUUGCUGUUCCGAGAAACAGCGGAGGGUAUUUUGGCCAUGUCCUUGCAAAGCUUGAACCUAGCAUUGACAUGAAAGAUAAUCUUGGAUUAACACCGCUUCAGCUAUCUAUUCUUCUUGGCAAAUAUGCUGCGAUGCAAAAAUUGAUAGACUUUGGGGCUGACAUUCAUAUCCAUUCUCUUUAUGGAGGACCAAUUCACGCAGCAGUAGCACUGGAUGAUGAAAUUGCUCUUGAAGCUCUUAUGAGAAAGACCAAUACACGUCUUUUGCUAUGAUGUGUUUUCACAUAAUAUGAAUCUAGUGUUUUCACAUAAUGUGUCUUUAUUAAUAGGUGGAUGAUAUUAUUGAUGGAGGUAUAACACCCUUAGCAUGUGCGGCAUACAAUGGUUCAGUUACAAGCAUGAAAACGUUGUUGCAGGCUGGAGCUAAUGUUCAGAUUUCAAAGCCAAUCGGCAAAGCUAUAGUAGCUGACCUCACUUCAUCUGAAUCUAUGGUUCAGAUUCUACUUGAUUCUGGUGCUAAUGCAGACGCAAUUGAUGAGGUCAUGUUUGAGGACCCACCCAUCAUUGCUGCAGCCAAAAGGAAACAGAUGAAUGUUGUCCAACUUCUAUUGAGUUCUUCCACCCCAAUCGAAGGUGUUGACUGGAGCUUGAAUGGUAUAAUAGCAUAUACAGAAUCUGUUACGUUUAAAGCAGAGGACGAUGUCCAUACAGCAGCAAGAGUUACUGCGCUGCGUGAGCGCAUGUUUAAUGCUUUGGAAAACAUAAACUACUUGCUAGCUGAUAUUUGCUGUAAAGCGCUGAGAAAUGAUGUGAGUACAACAGAGUGGGACAGGUUGAGGAAUCUCAAUCUGCUUUAUCUUUCACACAGUUUCCAUGGUCAGAAACCUGUCCUGUCAUCUGACGCCAUUGUUAAUAUGGCCUUGGUUUAUCAAAAACAGGACAAGGGCAAGGAGGUUAUGUGUUUGAAGGCAGCGUUGGCGCUGAACCCUCAAAAUGAGAGAGCUGAAAGUCUUUUGAGGAAAUGCUCAUGUUGUAGCCUAUUGGAAAGGGCCUGAGCAUUGCUCAGCGCUAUCAACUGAAAAGCCCCCAAGAUCGAAGCAGACACUGAGAUGCUACUAGCCAGAGCUAGCCUACUACUGCUGUUUCUCCCUUUUGCCUAUUUUUAGAGCGUUCAUGGCUUUCUAUCUCACCGUUACCUCUGCCUCCUUCCAAAUGUUUCGCCCCCCGAGCUCUCCUUGGCGCAGCGGCGGCAGCGCCAUCCACCCACCCCGACAACUCCUCCCAACCUCCAACCAAUCCAAACAUUUUCUUGCCCCUGCUACCUCCACUGCGCCACCCAUCACCAGCCAUGCACAGCCUCGCUCUGCCUCCGCCUCCGGCGUCGUUCUCGUUCUGACCCUGUC